GUUUCGCUGGAGGCCGAGCAAGAUGGCGGCGCUCUCUUUCUCUUCUUCGGCGCCGGUCCGCGGCACCGGAGGCAGCAGCGCCGCCAGCAAGAGGUCCGCCGCCGCCGCUGGAUACACUUCGGACCGCUUCGCCGAGCAGCUCCUGCCCCGAGAAGGAGGCCAGGCAGCCCGGAGGCCCCGACGCCGCGCCCCCGCCAUCCACCGGGGCUACUAUAUUCGUGCCCAGGCCGUGGGCCACUGCCUCCGAGCUUUCUUGCAGCACACUGGAGGUCUCCCUAGCAGGCAGGUGGUGUCACUGGGUGCAGGCAUGGACUCGCUCUAUUUCUGGGCCAAGGAUGAGGGGCUGCUGGCCAGGACCCGGUUCUUUGAGGUAGACUUCCCAGAGGUGGCGGCCCAGAAAGCCAGCCUGGUUGCCCAGAAGGAGGAGCUGGCCACCCUGGCUGCAGGGACUGACAUGUCUCCACAGGAGUCUGAAGCGGUCAAGUUUUCAGGAGAGGACUACACGAUUUUGGGAGCAGACCUCUCGGAACUGCAGAGGCUGAAGGAAGCAAUGCAUGAGGCCAGCCUGGACCCCGAAGCCCCCACACUGAUCCUGGCAGAGGUAGUGCUCACCUACAUGGAGGCGGAGAGGUCAGAUGCCUUGAUCCACUGGGUGGCUGGCUUCUUCUCACAAGCAUGGUUCAUCUUGUAUGAACAGAUCCAUCCUGAUGAUCCCUUUGGGCACAUAAUGCAGAACCACUUCAGCAGGCUCCAGUCCCCACUACGUUCCCUCGUCCACUACCCAAACUGCAAAGCCCAGCAGUUGCGUUUCCUCCAGAGGGGCUGGACGGAAUGCUGUGCCAUUGAUAUGAAUCAGUUCUAUGGCUCCUUUGUCCCUGGAGAGGAGCAGCAGAGGAUCCGGGCCUUGGAGCCCUUUGACGAGUUUGAGGAGUGGCACCUGAAAUGCUCCCAUUAUUUCAUCCUUGUUGCCUCGAAGGGGACAUCCCUUUCACCGGCUCCUGUUUUUUCCAACACAGAAGCCUUCCUGACUCAUCAGGAGCCCACUUUUGUUGGGAUGGUUCCCACAUCAAUCUGCGCAACAGAUGCAGGAGCUUCUGGCCUGAGGCGGUAUGGCCAUCGCUCUGUGUUGCUUUCUCCUCAUGUGGUCCUGACUGUGGGAGGAUUUGGUGACCAGGAUGGGCGUCAUUGCCGUCUGACUCAGCUCCAUCUCCUGAUCAAGCCCAGAAGGGAUGCAGCCUGGGAGAGUCGUACCCUCUGCUUGGCCCAAUCUGGUGAAGCAUGGGAUGGUCGGCUCUUCCACACAUUGACGCUCCUGCAAGCAGGCUGGGCUGUUGUGAUGGGGGGCCGGAGGUCACCAGUGAGUCCUGCCCCGGCAGCUUGUCGCUUGAGUGUGUUGGAGGCUGGUGGCAGUCCUGUUGUGGAGCUCAUCCACCUGCCACCCAUCCAGGGUCUGGCCUUGCCCCGUUGGAGGCAUUCAGCUACUGAAGUUAUACAUGAAGGUGAGACCUAUCUCUUUGUCUAUGGUGGUUGCAGCUCCAGGCAGUGCGUGCUGGCGGACUGGUGUUUCCUCUACAUGGAAGAGAUGAGUUGCCACCAGGUUCCUGUAGAUGGCCCUGUCCCAGUUGGCCGACACUCCCAUAGCGCCUGUGGCUGGGCAGGUGGAGUGCUCAUUGCAGGAGGACUGGAUGCUGCAGAACAGCCACUGGGCUCGAUCCUGUUUUUGAGGCCAGCUGAGAAGGGAUUCCAGUGGCAGUCACUGGAGACUUGCCCCCCGCUCACCCCCAGGUAAGGUGGCAGGCCAGUACCCUCUUCCCUCCACUCAGAUGGACUGACUCCCAAGGAGGGUGGUGCUACCGAGUGAGCACAGCCAAGUGGCAGACAGACAGAGCUGUAAAUCAGGAAAUCCCCUUCAUCCCCUGGCCAGUUUCCCCAGCUGCAAGCUCAGUCAGAGGCAGCAGGCAAAGUCCACUCCUACCUGCUUCCUGGCACAUCUACAUUUGGGUUGUAACUGCCCAUUGCCCAAAAGGGUUGUGGGAGGAAGGCCCCUAGUCAGAUGGUAUUCCUUGAGUGAAGAAAAAAACCUUUAAAUGUAGCAUGAAAACAUAGAUGGAUUGUUCUCUACAAUAAUGUUGGCAACAACAGUCCUAUGAUUAGUGG